AUGCCUUCUGACUUGAGUGAUGAAGAUCUGAUGAGAGAUGAAUCCGAGCUAAAAGACAUACUUGCCACAUAUGACCAAUACGGCUGGCGUACCGAUACACGCCUUAAGCCUGCUGCUUGGAUUCGUCUACGCUUCCAGCACAGUAUCCUUCGAGAGGACAUCCUUGAGCUUUCUCAGGGUGCUAUCACCGAUGAAACGAGCGAAAAGCUGCAGUGA